UUUCACGUUCAGCUGGCAGCGAAAUCGAAAGUGACUGCUCCCCGAAGACCCGAGAUCAUACCUACAGAGAGGUCUUCAGAAAGAGUCCAUGCUGAAGCAGGCAGUUGACUUUCAAAAGUGUCAAUAAAAUUCAUGUAAAAAGCGGUUAACGAAAAGUUGUUAUAGCAGCAUUGACCACAACAACAAGGAGAGCAACCUAGGACCCAGCAACAAGCACAGCUCGAAAUGCUGCUCAAAAUUUUCCUCCUGGCCUUCCUGGCCUCUCAAGCCUCGGUGGACUCCGCGGAUCCCCUGGCCACAUCUGCCAGCGAUAGUCAAAUCACGUUGGCCGAGGAAAACCCAGCUCCGGCGAUUCCCUUUGAGACCUCGCACAAGAAUCCGGCUGCGGAGCGGGAGGAGGGCUUCCACACCUCCCACAAAAUUAGCAUAAGGGCCACGGACUCCGCCGACUACUCGAUGAACCUGCUGCCCACCAAGGAGCGCCCCGAACUGAACCCCGUUCUGAGUGCCCUGAUCAACGAGGAUGUGAUGAAGAGCAUCGAGGCCAAGCGGGCCAUCGAGGAGGAGGAGCUGGCCGAGGUGAGGCGUGAAAUUGAGCAGGCCGCCCAAGCGGAGUUGGCCCAGAAGAGGGGGGCCACCAGCACCACCGAGGCACCUGCUCCACUGCUGACCACCCUGCCGACGGCCGGCAAGAAGAUCGACAACCUGGACGAGGACAUUGUCGUGGAUCCGCACGAGGAGUUCGUCAACCAGAACUUUGCCCUCGAGGGCGCGGGCAGUGAGAACAGCAAGAAGUCCCGCAUCGAGAUCAAAAAGGGUCCCAAUGGCCAGGACUACGAGUACGAGUACGUCUACUACUACGAAGAGGACGAGGAGCCCAGCAAGGUGGAGGCAUCCGCGGAGCCCGAGGUGCGCGGCAAGACCAGGUACACCAACAUCGAGAGGAGCACGGCGGCCACGCCGAGCGAGAACAGCCUGCACAGCGGCAAGGCCAAGGGCAGAUCCUCCGACGCCUCCGAGGACAUCGAGGCCGAACGUCUGCCCAUGAUCACCCGGUUCCCCAGCCGUGGCAAGAACAUCGAGGUGCCACCAACGCCAGCCCUGGACUCCCUGGAAACGGCCGCGGAGCGCAAGAAGAUCAGUGUCAAGCGCCCCAGCUUGGAACUGGUGGACAGUGCCACCUUCAACACGGACGAGAAGCAGACCAAGGCGACUCGCAAGGGCGAAAAUGAGCUGAAGCCGGUGAUUGCCGUGGAGCAGGAGGAGGCGGCCGCCAGGAAGAAGGAGCAGCAGGCCAAGGAGGAGCAGGCCAAGAAGGAGAAGGAGGCCGCUGACGCCGAGUCCCCCGUUGAGCCGGAGGAAUCCGAGCAGACCACGCCCUCCAUGGAGAAGGCCGCCCUCGAUCUCUAUGCCAUACUGACCAAUGAGAACCUGAACAACGAGCAAACCACCGCCAUUCCGGACGCCGAGGGAGCCGAGGAUGCUACCACUCUGAUCCCGGACACCGCCAGUACGGAUGAGGACGGAGCUCUGACCACGCUGACCGAUGAGAUCUCAUCCACCAGCACCACCACGACGACCACAACCACCACCACCACUACCACCACCACGGAGGCACCGACCACAACCACCACCACCACCACAACCACGGCGGCUCCUUCGCUCUUCGGAGGCAGGAGAGCCGGAUUGAAUGGCCUGGCCGGACGCAAUCGCUUCAAGUUGAACAGGGCUGAGGGCGGCAGCACCACCACCAGCACCACCGAGGCACCGGCGGCCACCGAAACCACCAAGACUGGAAGAAAUCGUUUCUCGCGCCCUUCGAUCGGAGGACGAUCUCGUCCUGGAGCUCGCACCACCGCCGCACCAGAAGCCACAUCAUCCGCACCCUCCGGGGAGGAGGAGGUGGUGGUUGCCAAGGAAGUCAAGCCUGUGAGCACUGGCUUCGCACGAGGCAGACCUCGCAACCGCUUCAACCUGCGCGGCUCCACGACCACGAGCACCACUGAGCGUCCCAGCGAGGAAUCGGCCGCCGAGGGAGACGCUGCCGCGGACUCCGCCGCCCCCUCCUCGACCACCGCCAGGAGCACUCUGAGAGGUCGCCCCGGAUUGGGACUGCGUGGACGCAGUCGCACCACCACCACCAAGGCACCCGCCAACGCAGAGGGAGGUGAGGCGGCGGCUGAGGGUGGUUCCAGCGCCAAUUCCGAGGAGGCCAAGUCCGCAGCGGCUGCGCCGGCCGCUUCUCCCGCGGAGCCAGUGCGUCCGUCCCGCUUCAACCUGCACCGCGCCGGCGGCAAUCGCCUGCUGCCCCGCGGCAAGCUGGGAAGGUCGGGAGUCAGCACGGAGGCGCCCAAGGAAGCACCAGCGGCCGAGGACUCCGCCGCCGACAGCAGUAGCCAUCACAAUGACGUCAAGGAGGAGGAGACGGCGGGCGGCGAGGCCGGCGAGAAGGCCAGCGAGGCGGGCGAUUCCGCCGCCGCUGCCGCUCCAGCGGGUCCCGUUUCCGGGCUGAAUCGCCUCAAGGCCCGGCCCCGCCUCAACGCCCUAACGCACAAGACUGAUGCGGUCAAGCCCAAGGCAGCCGCAGCCCCCGCCCCCGUGCCCAGGAAGAUCAAUCCCCUGCUGGCCAAGCGACGACUCCACCUGGGAGCCACCUCCACCACAGAAUCCCCCGCUGAGGAGGAGCACUCAUCGCCGGACUCCUCUGCGGAGCAGCCCGCCAAGGAGGAGGCGUCCGCCGGAGCCAGCGACGAGUCCGCCGGAGAGGCAGCCGGAAAGCAGGAGCAGGAGACCACGGAGGCGACGGAGGCCACCACCAAGCAGCAGGCCCGCGGUCUGGGACUCUUGGGCCAGCGCCGACGCCUGCCGCUCCGCAAGCCCGGCACGAUCCUGUAGAGCCACUCCAACCCGAUCGAAUCCAAUCCAAUGCUCACAUCGCCAUCCGCCCCAUUGAAUCCUGGAUAGAAUACUCGUCUCGAUUCGCUGCUGCUUACUCCUGAAACGAACAAAAUCCGGGACGGUGGCCCCCACAAGCGAUAAUAACUCUUACAAAUUGUUUGAUAUAUGUACGUCCUUUAAGUUUCCUCCUCCUCGUACUCCCCCCAAGGACUCGUUAGCUUUGUACACACAUAACACUAAUUAAACUACUGAUAAACGCGGAUAUACUAUGUAAGUAGGAUCCCUCCCUGCGCCAGGAAGAAGUCACCAAAACGGAAACGGAAACAUGGAGCGAGCCCAAAACGAGGAGAUCCAAGCCACUCGUAGACCACUAAGCACAAAUCCCGGAGAGAAUAAUACUGUGCCCUCUUAUACAUACUCUAUUGUGUACCCCGACCUUGCCCCAGUCCUUUUCCUUUGAUCACGGGUCCAGACCGAAGCGUGCGUAGCAGAUACAUUUAUUAUUAUAUUUUUUUUCUGAGAUACAAUUAUGAACGAAAACGACUUUUAAUUAUAUUGAAUAAAAACGAAAGGAAAAACAUGAAAA